AAUAUCCUCACCAUGGAGCUCAUCGGAUUACCCCAUGAGAUCCUACUGCAAAUAGUAGGUAAUCUCUCCGAAGCAAGCUUGAAUGCUCUCACGCAAACAAACCGACAUUUCUACAAUACCCUCGAACCCCUUCUCUAUCGACAGAACGUGAAAUAUGGUAACUCUUUGGCCUUAGGCUUCGCAGCAGAACGUGGAUACAUCAAUGUUGCAGAAAAGGCAUUGAAGAAAAAUCCCAGCUUGGAAAAGAAACUACCAGCCACCCGCAAGAGCAGCAUUCAUUUUCACCACACACCACUCUGUUUUGCGACCCGAGGACGGGGCUUGUCAGUUGCAAGGUUGGUAUUGCAACAUGGCGCCAACCCGGACAACACCUGCUGCCGGAACGAUCGACUCCUGACUGGGGCUGCACGAGACGGCGACUACUACUUGGUGGGACUGCUGCUCGAGCAUGGUGCAGCUCCUGACGCAAGCAUCGACUCGGAAAGACCUCAUGGCAGACCUCUCGUUGAGGCUGUUCAGAAGCAGCAUAUAAAGAUGGUUCGACUUCUGCUGGAUCAUGGCGCCAAUCCCAACAAGAUAGGCCGUUAUGGGACGCCUCUUCAAGCCGCAGUUUCUGGGGGUCGCAUUGAAAUCGUUCGUUAUCUACUGGAUGCUGGGGCUGACAUUAACCAAAAACGCGACGACGGCAGGACGGCACUGACGGACGCCCUUGAGGCGGGGUAUUUUGAUAUUGUCCAACUCUUACUCGACAACGGGGCAGAUAUGGAACCCAAGGGAUUUGUCCUCUGCAUUGCUGCAAAGUGUGGGCAUUACCCACUUGUGGACCGACUUCUCCGACUUGGUGUGUCGACAGAGACUCGGGUGGCGUCGACGACGGUCACUGGAACGCCUUUGAUAUAUGCUACAUCGUAUGGGCUUCAGCCUUUUCCAGAGGACAUUGGCAACUCAACCAAGCGGGGCGUGGAGACGGUGAUACGAUUACUGGAGGCCGGGGCGGACCUCAAUGCGCGGGAUGACCAGGGCACCCAUAGUCUAUACUACGCAGUCCUUCAUUCAAACGUUCCAGUAGUCAACGCGAUGCUUGACCAUGACCCCAAGCUUGAUGUGGACGUAACAAGAGACGGGAGUUUCGAAACACCAUUAUGGCGAGCCGCCUACAGCUGGUCGUUGGGAGAUGCGCAAAUGGAAGAAUGCACCGAGAUUGUCCGACUGCUACUAGGGCAGUGGGCCGAUCCAAACCCUUGUGAUCCCAGAAAGCGCAUCAGUCCCCUCUGGUAUGCAGCCAAAUUUGGGCCCCCGGGAAUGGUGCAGUUGCUGCUUUCUGAAGGCGCAGAUCCCAACCUGGGCACACGGCAAUCGAUGAUAUUAUUCUCGGCAGUGAAGAGAGGACGCGAGGAAGACGUCCGCAGCCUCUUAGAACAUGGGGCAAAUCCAAACGAACACAAGGAUGACGCUCGUGGACGGAGCCCGCAAUCGCCGCUAGCUUGUGCAAUCAAAGACGGGCACUACAAGAUAGCAGAGAUGUUACUCGACUACAAUGCCGAUCCACAUGCUUCGCCAUGGAAGGAUAUCACUUCAAAAGGCAAUGUUGCAGAGUCGCCAGGGUAUUCACUUCUGGAGAAGAUCCUUGCUCGUGGGUGUGAUGUCAAUGAGCCGGACAGCGAUGGUGCAACACCCCUAUAUCUCGCGGUGAAACAAGGAAAUGUGGACGCUGCCAGGCUGCUGGUCAGGCAUGGUGCGGACCCUAACUUGGCAAUGGAUAAUGUUUCCUUAUUCUGCCUGCAUAGUGGGAAAGAGUACAGUCAGAUGGUUGAAUUACUUCGCGAGUUGGGUGCUACGAAUGCUGGUGAUGCAUUUACUGUCUUUAAUUGUGAUCGUGUUUUCCAAUUUACAAGGCGUUGACAUAGAUAUGAAUGAUGAAUUCGAGAG